ACCUUUUCAUUAUCGUUUCUGUUAGGGGAGUUGAGCACUGCCUCGUAACUUGAUGGAAGUUUCUGUGGUUGUUGGUAUCAUUCUGUUCACCACUUGAGAUGGCCACAUACGACGAUACCAGCGACUCAAGCUAUGGAGAUAUUUCGGGAGAAUUUUCUGACGUGCCAAGCAGACGCCGCAAAGUUGUCUUCAAAAAGUUAAACUUCAAUAUAAAUGGAGGUGGUAACGUAGCGGUCGGCCCCCGUGCUCGUAUCACUGGUGCCCCAACGAAUCAACCAACGGUUAUUUCAGAAGAAGACAGAAACACCAGCACUCCACAGAACCACGAAAUUGAUGAGAGCCUCAGCUAUUACGCUAGGAAUAUUGAAGAGGAGUACUGUCCCCGUAAUUAUUAUCAACAAACAAAUGUGGGAGAUUGGACUCCAAAACCAAUCAAUGGAAUUCUUAUCCAGAAAGGUGAAAACGAUUUUCAGUGGUCCGUCGAAUCCUUUCUUGAAAACCCAGAGAAGUUUAUGCGGGAAAUGGACACCUCCGCUGGUUCACUGAAGGAGGAAAAAGAAUUUUUUAUACUUCGCUGUAUAUUGCCAUACCUGGAACGAGAAAUGUGGGGCAAAUCUGGUGCAAACAACAUUGAUGUGUACAGGGUCCUUGCUCAAGUAAGCAGCAGCCAAGGUUGCGGUGACGUUGCAAAGCACUCUUUACAACAACUUCAGCAUCUGCUAUACAGGGAUUCCAUUCAGAGUGCUAAGCAAAAUUUGUUGAGUGUGGAAAAGAUACUGCGAUUGACCAUCGUCUCCCAAGACGGAGCAUUCAAGGAGGAGGCAGACUCAAUACGACUUCUUAGGCUAACAGUAUACGGCUGCAUACUAUCGGAGUUAAUCAUUCACCAGAAUCAAACAGGGUUCUCUAAAAUUGACGCAGAGAACAACUUGAAACAGCUCCUGGAAAUUAAAAACUAUUUCAGUAAGAUGACCUUGAAAAAAAAAGACAUUUUAAGAUACUCUAUUGAGUUCAUCCAGGAGGCCAUUAGUUAUCUUACGCGGCCACCUAAUAAGAAAGUGGGUUCAGAUUUGGGAAAUUACCUCGAGGAAUGCAAGAGAUACUGUGCAAAUUCGGACACUCCUAAUGAGGAGUUGUCACUUCUAAAAAAGGUGAAGAGAUCCGGAGUGAAAUGGUGCGAGCUGCAUUGUAUAUUUUAUUAUCUGCACGGGAAGGUCCACACGGAACGUCCGGAGCAGAUUAACAAAGAGAGAAGGACCAUGAAACUUUUAAGGCUGGUGUUAAUGGCUCGUCUUGAUGGUGGAGGAGGAAAUGACUGGAGGUUUUGUUUGCAGGUGGCAUCUAUACUAUCAGAGAUUGCAAUGAAGAAUGCGACUAAAGCAUUGAGAUUCGAAGCUAGUUUAUGUCUGGUUCAUCUUCGCAAAGAUGAAAAGGCAAGGAAGAAACCAGAGUGCAGAGCUAUUGUCGACCGCUUCUCUAGAGGGAUGCUGUUCUGUCCUGACCGUUCCAUCAAGAGAUUAUUUGUACCUCAUUUCUUUGACAACCAAAGUGACCAGCACAUGCUUCCAACAGAACUCCACAAUCAGCACCUGGUGUCGUGUUACAAGACACACACUUUGGAAAUUGACAACAUGGUAACUACUAGGCCGAGUAACGAGACCUCGAGCUGUUUUGUCAGCCACGGCGUGUUAAAACGCCAAGAAGUGGCCGUAAAAGUCUUAGCCGUCUCCAAGAAGGAUCUCGUGGAGGAAGAAACGUCAACACAGUCGGAGGCGAAAAAGCGACUACGUGCAGAAGCAUACAACCUGUGGCAAUUAAGCAAUCUAAGGAAGCAUCCAAACAUCCCUUGUCUUCUCGCCUACAACACAACAGCCUUUCCUCAUCACAUAAUAACUUCAUAUGAAAAGUACGGCAACCUUCUCCAAUUUUUAAGAGGCUCAAGGGAACGCAAGCCUCUGUCGUCAGCUGCUCUUUACAAAAUGAUAAUUGGAGUAACAGAAGCCCUCCUAUACCUACACCAAGAGCUUAAUUUGGUUCAUCGAGCUGUUACGGCGGAAAACAUUCUAGUUGGCGAUGGCUAUUUUGCCAAGCUUAGUGGAAUGCACUCUUUAGGGGUGCUGCAGCACGGAAUAAACAAGGAAGGUGACAGAUCAUCUGGCUAUGAAUACGCUUUGGACUACGAUGGCUUAAAAGAAUUUAAAGGCGAAAGUGGUGAAACACUGCCGGUGAGAUGCAAAGCUCCAGAGACACUAUCAAGAAAUUGUUACUCCAUUCCCUCUGAUGUGUGGGCCUUUGCAGUCUUUGUCUACGAGACGCUCACCUUAGGUUGUCGCCCAUAUAAAGACAUACAAAGAGACGAAAAUGUCGUCGAUUAUGUUUUGCAAAAGACCGACGAGGGAAUAUUACCGCAGGAAAGUUGCAUCGAAGAUGAUGAAUACAACCUUAUGAAGCAGUGCUGGAAAAGAAAAAGGGAUGAAAGAAUCGGCUUGUUUGAGCUCAAAGAACAAUUCCAAUAUAUGCGAUCAAAGAUAGUAAGCUCAGGUGAAGAGAAACCGCGGCUUGACCCACCAAGUCUCGAGAUGAGCAUUGAAAGUGAACCUCAACAAUCACAAGAAUCAACUGAUUCUGUGCUGUAUGAAACCGUUCCAGACUACAGCGACAUUGAAUCGACUUCAGGAACCAUCUACGAAGAACAAUAUGACUAUGCAGAAGAUACAUACGAGCCUCAAGGAUAUGGUACUCCUGAAACACUUGUAGAUCUACCAACAAAUUAUCAACAGGAUGCCAUAAAAGAGAAAAUCGCUGGAGGAGAUAAACAGCACCUGAGAAGAUUGCUAUGUCUUAGCAAUAGUUUUCUUGUUCCUAUCAGCCGGAUAGAACAUUUAGAUUCCCGCAGUCCAAUCGUUGACAUCAUCUCGCCAAGACUACCCUAUGGAAAUUUAAAGGAGUUUGUCCUCAGCAGAAAAUGUCAGAGGGAAGACAUCAACACAUUCCUCUGCCAGGUUGCUACAGCUUUACACUAUCUUCACGUAAAUCAUAUCGUGCACGGAGAUCUUCGUGCUGAAUACGUUUAUGUGGUGGCACCAAACAAGGUCCAGGUUGGCCGGCUUGGUCGCUCUAAAUCUCUACCAAUGAGUGUCUAUGAAGCCACUAGUACCUCAUGUGUCGUAGAGGCUGUCAUACCUUCUGAUUCCGUUCGUUGGAGCGCGCCAGAGGUAAUCCAAGAGAACCACUACACUCACGCUAGUGAUGUGUGGGCGUUUGGAAUCUUUGCAUGGGAAUUGUACUCUGCGUUCGCAGCUGGUCAACAGAAUAGAAUUGCUGCACUGCCCUACUACAAUAUUCCGGCAGAUAAGAUUCUUGAUCAUAUGAAAGAAAACGGACCUCUUGACCAACCAAGCAGCUGUCCUCAUUGGGUUUACAUUUUGAUGCAUCAGUGCUGGACAUAUGAACCAACUCAGAGACCUCCUUUUAUUGCAAUUAUUGAUUGUCUCUCAAGAAGGGAACCGAUGCUGUCAUGGAUAAUGACAUUGUGGCUGAACAAACAUGAGAAGAGUGAAUGGCCGGUUUUGCCAGUAUCUCAACCUGACGAUGCAAUUCACGUGACGAACUCUGAGGAACACCCACCUAGAGAAGAUAUCGAGAAAAUGUGUUCUCAAGGAUUUUUUACUCGUCACAAAUACCUGUAUGUCGACAGCGUUCGCCAAAACGAGCCCGACACCGCUGAGGUAUACGAAUACGACUACACGAAUUCUCAGUUGCCACCACCACCGAGUUCCCCUGCAUUCCGCCAGUCAACUUCAAAUAAUCACUCUGAUGGAGUGUCCAACGAUGCUGACGAGUACGAAACGAACCAAGUGAAUAGCGCGACAGAAAUGGUGUAUGAAGAAGCCACCUAUCGGAUAAUAAGAAAUGAGGAACAUACGGCUGGUUCAGUUAGCAGCACCGAUUCGAUUUCUUCCGGCCCUGCAGAAGCCUCCAAGGUUUCCAACGUGGACCGACGUCCUCAAAAUCACAUUGAUGGCGUUGCUUGCGCUAACUCAUCGGAUGGUGAUUUUUACGACGAGAUAAAUGUAGACGAACCUUCUUCUGAUGAAGCGACCGGUAGGGCUAAGGGCCACGCAACUGGUGUUGAAAGUGUCAAGGAUGACUCUGAGGGUGGGCACAUCAUGUAUGAAAACGCAGGGUACAAAGAUCUUGUUUCAAACAGGGAGCAUUACAUGUCACUGGGAAAUAACCAGGAGGAACCCAAAAUGCCAGGUUAUAUCAACGUUCUAGCUGAGGAGACCGGUGUACCAUCGUCCCACUCAGAAAGCGGCAACAAGGGCACUCCUGUUGAUCCCUACGCGUGCGUGGACCUAAUUUACCAGCCAAGCUUCGAGGUCUAUGAAGAUAUGACCAUUCAACUUUUAUUAAUUGAUGCAGAGAGCCUUUAUUAUAGAGAAGUCCAAAGAAGAAAAUAUGAAGAAAAAUUACAAGAAAGCUGGUAUGAAAACCAGAGUUCACCACUUGAGCAAGUACUCUUUCAAGAACAUUUAAAUGUGUAUGCAAACGAUUUGACAAAUUUAGAUGUGGGCUUUGGAAGUUCUUUGCAUUUAGCUAUGAAAUCCAUCGGGUCAAGGUUGGUAGAGUGCGACAAGGAAACUUCGUUAUGACCUUUUAUCUAUCGUAAAAAUUUCAUAUUUUUGACACAGUUUUCAUAGAAGUAAAGUUGUUCAGGCUGGUGACUAUGGUAAGGUGUGACAGGGUGAUCAAUCAGAGCAAACACACCUAGCACCUUCAGUUCGGCCAUGAAAAAACGUUUCAUAGCAUAGUGUUGUAAACAGAGAUGUUUUUUUGUCUUUAAAUUAAUUUGUAUAUAUUUAACUGUGGAUGAUGGAUGUUUUGCGAUUAAUAUUCAUACGUUGUAUUAUUCUUAGUUAUUUUAUAGAUAUGUAUGUGUUUUUAACUAAUUUUUGUAAAUAUUUUUGA